AUGAGUUUUUUUGAUAGUGCUGGACGAUUUGUCAAAGAAUUUUUCACCGAUGACAGCGGAACAUUGGCGGUAAACGGAAAGUUUUUUAAACAUGGUUCUUCUUCUCGAGUUAGAGAAAACGUGGUCGUGAAAUGGUACUUGGACGGAAAAAGCUAUUUUUACGCUAUCUCCGAGGCACUUAUGACUGCAAAUGAAGAGAUCUUGAUUGAAAGCUGGUGGCUCUCUCCAGAAUUGUAUCUUCGGAGACCUCCAUGUAAGAACGAGGAAUAUCGUCUUGAUAAAAUUCUUAAAAAGAAGGCCGAGCAAGGGGUGAAUAUUUAUAUUGUGGUCUAUCAUGAACUAUCAAAAUAUUUACCUUUGAAUUCGGAGUACAGUGAAAAAGUCCUAAAGGGGCUACAUCCAAACAUUCGUGGUAAAAAAAAUGAUAUGCCUAUAUUUUCAAAGGCAUCCCAGGGACGAGCUUUUUUGGGCGGUAAUUACAGCAUGUGGGGUUACUUAAGCCUUGUUCCUAGACAUCAAGCUAAAAAACUUUUCAUCUUCAUUUUUAACCUCCAGGUUCACGAGAAAACAAUUGUCAUCGAUCGUCGUAAAUCCUUCAUUGGAGGGCUGGACUUGUGCUUUGGGCGUUACGAUACUAGUGCCCAUCAACUUUCGGAUUUCUCCCACGCAUCUGAAUAUUAUUCAAUAUGGCCUGGCCAGGACUAUGUUAAUUCUAGAGUCAAAGAUUUUACUAAUGUAAAUUCCAUAGUUCAAAGUUGGGCAUCGGCUUUACUCGACAAAAAAACGAAUGCACGUAUGCCAUUUCACAGCACAGGAAUUGGCCUUACCGGGGAAAUUUCGCAUGACGUAGCUCGUAAUUUUAUUCUUAAAUGGAACCACGUCAAGGAAAAGUACGCUAAUCAUGGAUAUCCGAUGUUAAUUUCUCAACAAAAUGAUACGUCUGCUGGAAGAAAUAUUAGUGAACAAUCAGAAAGUGGUUCGUGCUCUGUUCAAAUCUUGAAAAGCAGUUCUAUGUGGAGCCACGGUGUAUCAGAAUCUGAGCACUCAAUUCAAAAUGCUUAUAUCGAAACGAUUAUGAAUGCCAAGCAUUUUAUCUACAUCGAAAAUCAAUUCUUCAUCACCGCAACAGAAGAAAGCGACGAUUAUGCUGCCAAAAAUCUUGUUGGAAAGGCAUUGGUUGAAAGAAUUAUUAAGGCCUACAAGAACGACGAAAAAUUUAGGGUCAUAGUUACUAUACCCUUGAUUCCACCUUUUGCUGGUGAAUUCCAUAAAGCGGAUGCUGCCAUAUUACGUCUCGUUAUGCAUUACCAAUAUCAAUCAAUCUGCCGUGGAAAACGUUCCAUAAUUGAACGAGUCAAAGCGGCCGGUUGCAUCACUCCAGAAAGAUAUAUCGGUUUCUAUUCACUUCGAAAAUACGACAGAAUUGAUUAUUCGGCCAUUCAAAAAGGUCAAGGCGUACUGAAAGAGGAACUUACGGCUCAGAGCUUUAUUGAUAAAUCUGGUUUAUCAACUGCCUUUGAAGAAGACUCUACCGGUGCUCACGUCACCGAAGAGAUUUUAAUUCAAUCAAAGCUUCUGAUUGCGGACGAUAGGAUUGUUAUAAUUGGAUCCGCCAACUUAAAUGACAGAUCACUAAAUGGUGACCACGACUCCGAAAUUGCCGCUAUUAUCGAAGAUAAGAAUUAUGUAGAAUCGAGAAUGGCCGGUAUGAGGUGGAAAGCAGGAAAAUUUGCUUUGACACUUCGUCGGGCAAUCUUCAAAGAGCAUCUUGGCUUAAUGAAUGAAGCAGAUCAUGAAACCGCAAAUGGUGAUUGUCUUCCGCCACCGUCAACUGGUAACGGUGCUUUCGUUAACCCUCAAAAACUCACCUAUGCCGACAGGAUUGUCGAGGAUCCUGUUUCCAACAAGUUUUAUUAUGAUCAUUGGCUGCGCACUGCUAAUACUAACACCGACGUUUUCCGUAAUGUUUUUCAUUGCAUUCCCGAUGAUUCGGUUACUAAUUGGGGAGAAUAUAAUGACUUUAUCCCCAACAAUUCAAAGAUCCCAUUUGGUCAUAUUUGCGAGCAAGCAAGACAAAAUCAUACGAAAACCCGGAAAGAACUGUCCAAGAUCAGAGGUCACUUAGUCGUGUUUCCAUUGGAAUUUAUGAAUGGUGAGAAAUUAGCGGGAUCCAUGCUCAUAACGCAAAUAGCACGAGAAAAUAGUCCCGCCUCGGGUAUCACUGACAUUAAAAAAUUGGUUGCCUGA